AUGGAAGAGAAAAAUUUCACCAACCUGAAGGAGUUCAUACUUUUAGGGUUCACGGCUGAUUUGAGGUUACAGAGAGGACUCUUUUUCAUCUUCCUUAUUAUUUAUGUCAUCAGUCUCUUAGGGAACAUCACUCUUAUUUCUCUGAUCUGUGGUGAUUCCCGGCUCCACACACCCAUGUAUUUCUUCAUUGGGAACCUGUCAUUCCUGGAUCUCUGGUAUUCCUCUGUCUAUGCCCCCAAGAUCCUAAUGACCUGCCUUUCUGCGGACAAAAGUAUCUCUUUUGCUGCAUGUCUGGCUCAGUUCUUCUUCUCUGCUGGACUGGCCUACAGUGAGUGCUAUCUAUUAGCUGCCAUGGCUUAUGACCGCUAUGUGGCUAUUUCGAAUCCCCUGCUUUAUUCCCAGGCUAUGUCCCCAAGAUUAUGUGCCAGUCUUGUGGCAGCUUCAUAUCUUGGUGGCUUUAUUAACUCAACUAUUAUCACCAGUGAAACAUUUACUUUGAGCUUCUGUGGCAACAAUAUUAUCGACGAUUUCUUCUGUGAUCUUCCCCCACUUGUGAAGUUGGCAUGUGAUGUGAAGGAGAGUUACCAGGCUGUGCUCUAUUUCAUACUUGCCUCCAAUGUCAUUAUGCCUACCGUGAUUAUCCUUGCCUCCUAUCUCUUCAUCAUUGCUGCCAUCUUGAAGAUCCGCUCGGCUCAGGGCCGCUUCAAAGCCUUCUCCACCUGUGGCUCUCACCUGACAGCCGUCACUUUGUACUAUGGCUCCAUUCUCUUUAUUUACUCCCGACCAAGCACUAGCUAUGCCCUAGAACGCGACAAAGUAGUGUCAGUGUUCUAUACCGUGGUGUUUCCAAUGUUGAACCCCUUGAUCUAUAGUUUAAGAAAUAAAGAUGUGAAAAAUGCCUUCAAGAAAAUGUUAGACAGAGCAAAGUUUCUUAAGUGA